AGCAGCAGCAGCUGGCAGCUGCAGCUCUUUGUCAGACUCAGGAUGGAAAGGACACCCCUCUCAGAACUGCCAUCGGUCAACGGGACUGCCGACAGAAGAACAAAACAGAGCUGGGCUGACAGGCAGAGUACCAUUCCAAACGUCUCGUUAGGCUGACCUGCAGCGGGCUCCUCACUUCAUUCCCACAUUCGGCGCACCCCAUUGUUGUCACGCCGCUGAAGCGUUGCUACACGAGCUGGCUGCAGGCGCUGAACAAGGACAUUUCACUCUCAGUACCCAGUACCCCGUGGACGUAGCCAUCAAAAAAUGGCCGCAUCCAUAUUUGACGCGGACAAACCAUUGCCCCUCCCACCCUCCUUCCCCACUGUGACGGGCACACAUGGGCACGGAGGCGCGCCGCUCUGCUUUGUCCUCAACAGGAAGAAGAUCACCCUGCGUCCAGGCUGCUUCAACCCAGAUCUGACCCUGCUCGAGUACCUCCGCAUCUAUGCCGGCCUCACGGGCACCAAGCUCGGCUGCGCAGAGGGCGGAUGCGGCGCCUGCACCGUCGUGCUCGGCAAGGUCGCUCCUGUCCCUCGUGAUGCCGCAGGCGCGCAAAAGUACGAAUACAAGGCCGUCAACGCGUGCCUGCUGCCCAUGGUUGCCGUUCAUGGCGCUCACGUUCUCACCGUCGAGGGCAUUGGCACCAGCUCGGACCCCCACCCGGUGCAGGAGCGCAUCGCAAAGAUGUUUGGGAGUCAGUGCGGCUUUUGCACUCCAGGCAUCGUCAUGUCCCUCUAUGCCACUAUCCGGACUGCGCACUCGACCGGCAAAGGCCUCACCGAAGCGCAGAUCGAACACUCUCUCGAUGGCAAUCUCUGCAGGUGCACGGGGUACAGGCCCAUCCUAGACGCGGCGAAGACGUUCGCAUUUGUCCCUGCGGUUAAUUAUGGUAGCACAGGCCCGAUCAGCAACAGCGAGAGCGGCAGCAGCCGAAGCGACAGCGAUGACCUCGACGCCACGCGUUCAAAAUCGAGCGGCGCGUCCGCGUUGCCGUCAGCCUCCACGGACAUCACGACGUACGAGACAGAGCAGGAGAAAGAGCAGGCUGACCUCAUACGUCAGGCGACCGGCGUCGCCAACGCAGGUAUGUGCGGUAAGGGCAAAGACUGCUGUCGCGUCAAUGGCAACAACACCAAAGGACAUUAUCCUGCCGCGCCACCUGGAGGAUGUACCUUGACGCCCUCCAGCUCACCCGCCACGAUCACAGCGCUGGCGGCCGGGGAGCAAGUGUCCCUAAAAGAGUACCGAUACGCAGAUGAGAUCAUCUUCCCACCCCACCUGCUCAAGGCGGGUACUAGCUUUGACGCGGAGGACCUGGCAUUCCCCAGCAUGGCCAGCGCCGACAACAGUGACGACGACGAAGAGGAUGGCGCCAAGAAGGCAGAACCGGAGCGACGCACGCUCUGGCUGCGUCCGGGCUCGCUUGCCUCGCUGAAGGACGUCAUGUCAUUCUACGCGCAACUGGGCCGCGCAAGCGCCGGUGCGAAGGCAACGCAGCCAGUAGCCAAGCUUCGCUCCGGCAACACCGAGACCGGCAUCGAAGUCAAGUUCAAGCACGCACUCUGGAAUAUCAACGUCUUCGUCUCGGAUCACCUGCGUGAACUCGCCGGGUUCGACGCGGUCGUCGCGCGCGCAGGCAGCAUGACACAUGCCGGCGCGGCAGAUAUGAAGAUUGGCGCCAACCUCUCUCUGCAGGCGCUAAUCGCGGCUCUCAAAGCGGCAAACGCAGCACCGGCGGCCCCAGAUGCAAGCGACGGCUACGCAAAGCAGGUCCGCGAUGCAGCGCUCGCGAACCUCAAAUACUUUGCCGGCACACAGAUCCGCAACGUCGCCACCCUCGGCGGCAACAUCGCGACGGCCAGCCCCAUCUCCGACCUGAACCCCGUCUGGGUGGCCACGAACGCGGUUGUUGCAUGGGUGCACCCGACGUCCGGCGGCGCGUCGACAGAGUCCAGCUGCAGCAUGCGUGACUUCUUCCAGGGCUACCGCACAACGGCGCUGCCGCCGCACGCCAUCCUCACCUCGCUCGCUGUCCCGCUGGACGGGCCCGCGCGCACGGCGCCGCAGCCGGGCGAGCAGCGCUUCGUGCGCGCGUUCAAGCAGGCCAAGCGCAAGGACGACGACAUCGCCAUCGUCAACGCUGGCUUGUACGUUGCGCUCUCACCCGCGCCGCAGCGCACCGUGCUCGACAUCUGCCUCGCGUACGGCGGCAUGGCGCCAACGACCGCCGUCGCCAAGCACGCUGGCGCCUUCCUCCUCGGCCGUAAAUGGGGCGACGAGAAGGUCCUUAGGGAGGCCAUGGCGGUCAUGGCCGAGAAAGACUUUGCGCUACCAUACGCUGUGCCGGGAGGCAUGCCCGCCUACCGCAAGGCACUCGCCCUCGGAUUCCUUGCGCGCUUCUGGUCCGACGUCUGCGCCGAGCUCGAGCUGCCGGGCUUUGGCUCUGCAGCUGCAGCGGCAGCCGAGGACGCACUGGCACUGCAGGAGCUGCCGGGCAGCGAGCCGCAGCGUGAAGGGGUCGUUACGACUGGCUCGCAGGACCUCGAAGGCGUCGACCUUGCAGCGCCCGCGACCAAGGCCGUCGGCAAGGCGCUCCCGCACCUGGCCGCGCUCAAGCAGGUCACGGGCGAAGCGGUGUAUGUCGACGACAUCCCGCCCGUCGCGAACGAGGCGUACGGCGCGCUGGUCGUCUCGCAGAAAGCCCACGCCCGCAUCGUCCGCAUCAUUACGGCGCCCGCGAUGCAGAUCCCCGGCGUCGUCGCCGUCGUGACGAAGGAGGACAUCCCACCGAACGGGUCAAACAUCUGGUGUCCACCCACCAUGGACGAGCCUUUCUUCGUCGGCCCCGGCGAGGAGGUGCAGAGCGUCGCGCAGAUCAUCGCCGUCGUCGUCGCUGAGGACAAGCGCACUGCCCAGCGCGCUGCGAGGGCCGUUAUGAUAGAGUAUGACGAGCUGCCGCACAUCCUAACCAUCGACGAGGCCAUCGCUGCCGGCAGUUAUUUUAAGCCACGUCCGGUACUGCGCAGAGGCGACGUUGAGAAUGCCGAUUGGGGUGAUUGCGAGCGCACCCUCGAAGGCGAGACGCGCCUCGGUGGCCAGGAGCACUUUUACUUGGAGACCAAUGCCUGCCUCGUCGUUCCUGGCCGUGAAGACGGCGAGAUGGACGUCUAUGCGUCGACACAGAACCCGUCCGAGACGCAAGCGUUCUGUGCUUCGCUGCUCGGCGUCCCCUCCAACCGCGUCACCUGCCACACGAAGCGCCUCGGCGGGGGCUUUGGCGGAAAAGAGUCACGCACCGUCCCGAUCGCCGCGACCAUGUGUCUCGCCGCGCGCAAGACCGGCCGCGCGAUUCGCUGUAUGCUCGAUCGUGACGAGGACAUGUGGUGGAGCGGCCAGCGGCAUCCGUUCAAAGCGACGUGGAGGGUCGGCCUCACCUCUGAUGGAAGGCUGCAGCGACUCGAAGCGACCGUGUACUGCAACGGCGGAUGGUCGCAAGAUCUGUCACAGGCCGUCCUCGAGCGGGCCAUGACGCACAUCGAUAACUGCUGUUUGAUCCCAAAGCUGAAAGUGCAGGGCUUCAUCUGCAAGACCAACACCAUGUCCAACACUGCUUUCCGUGGGUUCGGGGGACCGCAGGGCAUGUUCAUCAGCCAAGACUACUUGACCAAGGCCGCAACGUCGCUCGGUAUGCGCACGGAAGAUCUGAUAGAGAAGAACAUGUACCGUGAGGGAGAGCGAACGCAUUAUGGGCAGGAGCUCGUCGACUGGAACGUUCCAGCCCUGUGGUCCGAGCUCAAGAUCACGAGCGAGUACGACAAGCGCAGGGCAGCGGUGGACGCUUUCAACAAACAGAAUCGCUGGAAGAAGCGGGGGCUCAGCUUAAUGUGCACGAAAUUCGGCAUCUCUUUCACAGCUAUCUUCCUGAAUCAGGCGUAUGCGCUCAUUCACAUCUACCACUCUGACGGCAGCAUUUUGCUCUCGCACGGAGGCACGGAGAUGGGACAAGGACUGCAUACCAAGAUGGCGCAAGUGGCAGCCACUGAACUGCAGGUUCCGAUCGAAAAGGUGCACAUCGUCGAGACCAACACCCAGCAUUUGGGGAACACCAGUGCAACGGCAGCAAGCGCUAGCUCGGACCUUAACGGCAUGGCCAUCAAGAACGCUUGCGAACAGCUCAACGAGCGCCUCGCCCCCUUCCGCAAAUUCGAAAACGGUAAGGCCGCCGUUCCCUGGGAGAAGGCAUGUCACGAUGCGUACUUUGCACGCGUGCCGCUUUCUGCCGUGGGACAUUACAAGACCCCCGAUAUUGGCUACAAUUGGCAGACCGGAGAAGGCAAGCCGUUCUUCUAUUUUACCCAGGGCGCCGCCGUGUCAGAAGUCGAAGUGGACUUGCUCACUGGCGACCAUGUGAUCCGCCGCGCAGACAUUCACAUGGACAUUGGCCGUUCCAUCAAUCCGGGUAUCGACGUCGGCCAGAUCGAAGGUGCAUUCACCCAAGGUUACGGCCUCGUCACCACCGAAGAGAGUCUUUGGCUGCCCAGCGGACGGCCGUUCAACAACGGGCCGGGCAACCUCAAGAUUCCCGCCUUUCUCAAUACGCCGCAGGACAUGCGCGUCAGCUUCCUAAAAGGUCAGAGCCGUAAGCUGCACAACUUGCGCACGAUCCAAAGCAGCAAAGGUGUGGGCGAGCCGCCGCUCUUCUUGGGCUGCACCGUCUUCUUCGCCCUUCGCGAUGCGAUCGCCAGUGCUCGCAAGGACGCUGGACAGCCCGACGAUUUCCAGUUCAUCGCGCCGGCGACGCCGGAGCGCAUCCGCACUGCGUGUGCAGACGAGAUCAUGAAGAUCGCUGAGAAGGGGACGGAGCGUCGCAACGAGAGUGACAAGGCAUUCUUUGUGAAUAUUUCCUGAAGCAGCCACAACUUGCAACCCAUAUCCCCCUGUAGUCUACAUGUGUUGUAUCCAACGACUUGGAACGCAGAUCAUAGUCCUGAAC